UGUAUCUUCGACUUGCGUCGUUGCUGCUAUCGUGCCCUCUUUUCUUCAUCGUUUUCGAUCAAGCGAACAGGAGCCUAUAAAUAUGUCAUUCAUAAUGGAGUUUGCUGAGAAUUUAAUCUUGAGGAUGAUGGAGGAUCCAGUUGAAAGAGAUCGCAAAUUCAGAGAGCAUACUUAUCAUAUGAAGGAACGUUGUGCGAAGACUAAGGAGAUGUGGAGCUAUCCAAUUCGUCCUUAUGGUUUCUGGACAUUUGACCGUCACAAUGCUCAGAUCUUCUGGGAUGCUCAGAUUAGCCAGGUUGAAGGUCGCAGGGACCCUUAUGAUGAUCUUCUUCAAGACCACCAAGCUGAGUCAUCCACUUCCUCCAAGUAAAUUGGAUGAUGAUUGUAGCUGGAGCCACAUUGAUUGCAGGGAGAUAAUAGAGUGUGAAAUCUUGAAUGCUAAUUAAGGUGGUUUCUUGUGGCAUUUUGAUUUUGAAUCAACACUUAUCUUGAAUCCUCCCAUCUUUGUUGUUUUUCAUUUGUAUCAAGUCCAUUGCCAUCUCAACCAACCUCAGUAGAUGUAAUGUCGUUGUGUGUCGUGUUGAAUAAUAAGAUUAAAAAAAGACUUUGUAUCUCUUGGUGCU